CAACAACCGCGGCUAGAUCCGCCCACGCCGGUUAGAGGUCGGGGGUCGGGGGUCGGAGGCCGCGCCACGCCGGUUGCUGGGGUGUGUGCGAGAAGGUUGGUCGGUUGGACGUCGCCCGCCUGGAAAUCGCUGCAAGAUGCCGAAAGCAAAAGGUACAAACAGGAGGAAGAAGUUCGACUACACGACGAAUCGGAAAAAGCUGAAGCGGAAGAUGGCGAAGAAGGCUGCGCCCCGGAUCGAGUGUGCACAGAUAAGAAAUGCGUGGAACAACAGAAAAUCAGUUGCUCAAAAUCUAGCUGAAAUGGGUUUGGCGUCUGAUCCAAACCGCACACUUCCCAUUCAGAAAGUCAAGAAAAUGGAAGUUAGAGAGAAGGUUGUUAUUAACCCACAUGUCAUUAAUGAGCUAGAGGCAGAAGCAAGCCUCCCAGAAGUAACAAUGUCCACUUUGUCCAAAGAAUUCAUUGACUAUGUUCGAUAUAUGAUUGAGACCUAUAAGGAUAACUAUAAGGCAAUGGCAAGAGAUGACCUGAACUAUUACCAGGACACACCACAUCAGAUCAAGAAAAAAAUUGAGUCUUACAAACGCUUUUAUCCAAGUGAAUAUGCUUCUUUGAAUGCUGCUUUACAGCAAAAAAUGGAAAUAUCUUGAGACAUUUUUCAACUGUGCUGGUGCCCUAUCAAACGUUUUUUUCCCCUGGAGCUCUUGUAUGCCAUUCAGAUUUGCAAAGACCAUUGCAGAAAAUGGAUUAUUGUCGUAGUAUUGAGGCUAUCUUUGAAUAUCAGUUCUAGAAAUGAGCGAUUCUGGCAACCAUGAUGUCAUAAAGUAACGAGCUGUUUAUUUUAAUAUUUUGUACUGUAACCUGAAUAAAAUGUAUUUUAACAGCUUG